CUUUCAUUUUGUGACUUUCCUUAGUUUCUUGAUCCGCAGAUCUCGUCUGCUGAUUUUUCUUGCCCCCUAAGCUUUCUUUCAGUGCGAGGAAAUCAAUCACUCGAAUCCUACGACGCGAAUCACCAUGGCUAAUAUUUGGGAAGAUGAAUGGUUUAAGAAACACUAUACGCCUCUGGUUUUUGAAGAGAGUGUCAAAACCAACCUAGAAGCCGUCUUUAAAGAUUCAAAAGUACGUCGAAGAAUUUUAGAUACUGUUUUUGAAGAGAGUGGCGAAACCAACCUCGACGAUGUAGAAGCUGUCUCCAAAGAUUCAGAAGAGCAGCAUGUGACAGAAAAUAAAGACGAGCAUCUAACAUCGAUGAAUGCGUUUGAAUUGAUUGCCAUGUCGAGAGUACUCAACCUCGAAAACUUGUUUAAGGUGAGGCUUGCGAAUUCGAAAGCCAAAAGGAAAAGAAACCUUAAUUUGCCACAGAGAUGUUUCACAUGGUUGAAGUAAGGAAAGCAAAAGGAGUUACAUUGGUGUUUCACAAGUUCUAAAAAAAAAACUUUCAACAUGUUUGGAGGAUGUUGUGGGGAAAACAGAAGAUGAUAUGACAAAGCAAGAAGGAAAAUGAUAUUAAUGAUAUUGUUAAUAUCAUUAUCAAAGUGUAAUGUUUU